AUGGCAGAGCUGGCGGCUGGAGCCGUCAGCUCAUUGCUGGGCGUCCUCUGGGCUGAGGCCCAGCUGCUGAGACGCGUCGGUAACGACGUGGAGUUCAUCAAGGAGGAGAUGGAGAGCAUGAACAGCUUCCUAGAGCACCUAGCCAGGACAGCGCCUCCCGGCGGCUCACAUGACGAGCAAGUGCAGACGUGGAUGAACCAGGUUCGGCAGCUCGCCCACGACUGCAGCAACUGCAUCGACCAUUACCUACUACGCGGUGAUCUGGCAAUCCACCGUGCCAGGGGUGGUUUCAAAGGCCACUUUUGGUGGGCUUACUGGUUCGUGCAGGAGUUGAUCGCCAAGAACAUAGCAGCCACCCGGCUGCGUGAGCUCAUGGAGCGGGCUGGCGACGUUGGCAAGCGCCGGUUGAGGUACGGCGUGGAGAUCCCAGGGAAGCCAGCUACCCCUGGUGGUGGCGCCACGUCGUCGUCGACAUUGAUGCGAUCAUCCUCGUCCUCGUCUCAAGCUGCUGCUGCACUUCCAGCGGCUGCAGAAGACGAUGAUGAGGAUGAAGAUGUCAAGCAUCAGGCAGGAGCAGUGGCCGACCAUUAUUCUUACUACCACCAUCUAGCUCUGGAGCCUCCCAAUCUGGAUAACUACUUCAUAGAGAAGAUAUGCAACUGGGUGGCGAGACUAAGGACCAACGCGGGACCAAUGCGUUCCAUCGCCAUUGUAGUACCAGAAGAUACAGACUACAUCACUGUAAGUGAAGGUUUGGAGAAAGCGAGCGCACAAUUUAAGCGCACGGUGUGGAUCAACCUCCCUUCAGUACACUACCCAUCAGAUAAGCUAGGACCCAACAAGGUUCUUCUCUUCAUCCUGCGUGUAUGCAGACUUCAGAAGCAACACAACGAUGAUAAGAAGUGGAUGGAAGAAAAGGUUACUAGUCGAUUCGAUGUUUGGAGCAAUGGAAGGAAGGAGAAAAGAAGAAUCAGGCAGCAAUUUGAACGCAGAGUUGAAGGAAAAAUUAAAGAACUCAAAAACAAGAUUGAAGAUAUGGAGAGCAAGGUCAGUGUUAAAAUGAAAAUAGUUGGGAGCAACAAGAAUGAGGCUACAGAAGGGGGGAAUCAGAUCACGGUCACAGAGGAAUUCAAAGCCAAUUUCGACAGCAAGAUUAAAGAGCUCGAAAACAAGAUUAAAGAUAUGGAGAGCAAGAUCAAUGAGAAGACAGGAGGGGGGCACGUGACAGGAGGAACAGAGGGGAACAUCAAGGAUGAAGAAACACAAGGGGGAGACAAGAAUGUUGAUGAAAAAGGAGGGAGCAACAACGUGACUCAACAAACAGUGGGGGCCAAGGCCAACAACAAUGGAGCAACACAAGGGGUAAACAAUAUUGUUGAACAACUAAGUGUGACAAACACGGCAAGACCCUUGGCACUGCUAGUGCUAUGUAAAGAGGAAAGGAAUGAGCCGGAAACCAAGGACGUACUAGAAUCGGAUGAGCAAAAGAUUAUAAAGAAAACAGCUAUGAAGCUGGCAAAGUAUAUGAAAAGUGAAGGCGUGAACCUGCGCGACAGCCAAUACGAACAGAUUCUGCUGGAGCUGUUCCUGACCAGUGCUACAGACCAAAGAAAUCAGGAUCAGAUCAAAGAAAUCAUCAUCUGUGUGAUUAAAGAAGACGUUUUAGCAGUCACACAGUCUACCAAGUCCCGUGUCCCAGGAGAACAAAAACCUGGUGAAGAUCAAAUCGCCAGUGCCAUCCAAUAUACCAAGGAUAAGAUUCCAGAAAUGGAGCUCAAGAUUAAGCAGCAGAUGAUGAUCAAAUGGAUAGUGGAUCAAAUCAAUGAGCUUUUAGAUGAUAAAGAUAAUCUGCUUAUUAUCCUGCACGAUGAGAAUAGAAGACGUGGACCCAAGUGGGAGGAUAUAAUGAAUGCGGUGAAGCUAUUGAAGUGCGCCAAGGGCAGUGCAAUGAUAGUGACUACGAGGGACAGCCAGAAGGCCAAAGAGUUUUGCUACCCACCCACAGAGCCAAUAACAUAUUCUCUUGUUGGACUCUACCAUGAUAUUGUACUCAAGCUCACACAACAUUGGGUGAACAACGAAGAUGACAACAGCACCCAGAUUUUCCGCGACAUCUUGGACAAGUGCCAUCCACAUGAAUUCUGCAUGAAGAUGUUCGCUGGUGCUUUGUAUGCUAAUGCCAAUAGGAGCAAGAAAGAACUAGCGAGGCUAUCUGAGUGCCUGCAGGUGCAGGAUCCUGCAAGUCCAGAAAACACAUUGGCCAUUAAUGCAAAGAAGAUAUUCAAGUUUUCCUACAGAGAUCUGUCUAGAGAGCACAAGACCUGCUUGCUGUACCUAGCCAUCUUCAGCCAAGGUUGUCUAUGUUUUGACGACAAAAACUACUACCUCAAGGCCAUAUGCAACAACAUUCCAUUUCUCAAGUAUCUAAGCCUAAGGGAAACAAAUAUUACACAUCUACCCGGAGAAAUCAACAACCUCCAUGACCUAGAAAUAUUGGACAUCCGGCAAACCAGUGUGCCUCCAAAGGAAACAAGGCAUGUCCCGCUCCAAGAAGCUAAGGCGCUUUGCUUCUUUGGUGACAACGAUUCAAGUGCAAGCGGUAAUGGCUUGUGCAUAAUCAAUAGGAAGCGAAGUCGGUAUGCUCAUGUGUCAAGAUAUCCCAUUCAAGAUUGA